GGACCUCACGGCGAGGUCAGAGCAUGUGCUCUACCCCAGCCCUUGCCCAGGAGACAUUGCUGGGGACGCAGGGCCUAGUCCUGCGUGGCUCCUUAGUGGCCACAGGAUGAAAGUCCACCCCUUCAAGGAGAAGCCGCAGGAAGAACCUGAGACUGAGCGGGAGGCAGAGCCCGAGCCUGAGCCUGAGCCUGAGCCUGAGCCUGAGCCUGUGUCUGAGCCUGAGCCUGAGCCAGAACCUGUGCUCCAGGGAGGGCAGCCAGAGGAGGCCACGCCAGAGGGAGGGCCUGGGCCCAAUGGGGAGGAGCCCAGCUCAGGCGAGGUGGCAGCCUCGGAACCCAGGGUUUGGGAUCAGGAGAUGGAGACCUCGGAAACCUCGGUCGCCUCGGUAACUCCAGGGCUUGGGGUUGCUCCACGCCGAAUGCGCACUGACUGCGUCGAGGCGCCGCUGUCCCACGCCUUUGAGCACCUGGGCGCUACUGUGGGCGAUCACCCCUGGGUCUUCCUGAUUCUACCUCUGCUGCUCACGGCCGCCCUGGGCACCGGAUUCCGGUAUGUGCAAUCGGAGGAGGAGGACCUGGAGAACUACACACCAGUCGGGAGCCCAGCCAAGCACGAGCGGCACUUUGUGCAACAACAUUUCUCCGCCAAUGACACCCAUAGCUUCUUGGCCUCCAGGAUGACCAAGGAAACCAACUUUGUUUCCAUUCUGCUGGUCUCCCAUGACAACUCACUGCUAAACCAGGAAUCCUUUGCAGAAGUGGAUAGAUUGGACCAAGCAGUGCAGACUCUGAGCGUGCAGGAAAAUGAAACUGAGGUCCUGUAUAUGGAGGUGUGUGCCAGGUACCAGGGCCUCUGCGAGCCCUCCAACCCACUCCUGUAUUCCUGGCAGCAGGACAGGAACCUCGACCUGACGCAGGUCAGCUUCCCCAUCCAUGUGCACGCUGGCCGCAUCAUCAGUCUGGUGGGCUUCUUUGGAGGGUAUACCUUGAAUAAGAUGGCAGGGACCCAGUUACUGAUGGAGGCUAAAGCCUUGCGGCUGCUGUACUACCUAAAGACACAGCACAAGGAAGACAACGAGCGGAGCAAGAAGUGGGUGAACCACUUUCUGAACCAGUUUGAGGACAUUAAAAAGAGGCUGGCCUUGAGGAACCUGCAGGUGGUCCACUUUACCUCACUUUCCCGACAACUGGAGCUUGAUGUGGCAUCUCAGUCAGUCAUCCCUUUGUUUUACUUGGCAUACAUUCUGGUCAUACUGUUUGCAGUCGUAUCAUGCUUCAGGUUUGACUGUAUACGAAAUAAAGUAUUGGUUGCAGUCUGUGGAGUAUCUUCUGCUGUCUUGGCAGUGGUGAGCAGCUUUGGUCUCAUGCUGCACAUUGGAGUGCCGUUUGUAACCAUAGUUAAAAAUUCACCAUUUCUCAUUCUAGGUGUUGGUGUUGAUGACAUGUUCAUCAUGAUUUCUGCCUGGCAGAAGACCAGCCUCAUGGACAGCAUAAGAAAGAGAAUGUCCAAGGUCUAUAGACAUGUGGCAGUGUCCAUCACAAUCACCACCAUAACCAACGUCCUGGCCUUCUACACAGGGAUCAUGAGCUCUUUCCUGGCCAUACAGUACUUUUGCAUCUACACAGGAACAACCCUGCUGUUUUGCUAUUUUUAUGGCAUCACCUGGUUUGGAGCAGUUAUGGCCCUCGAUGGUAAGAGAGAAGUAGUCUGCCUACAGUGGUUGAAAAAACCAAACCAAAAAUGGUCUUCAUUAAAAAAGGCCUGCUGCCUUGGCUUUGGUUCUGUCCCAGAUGAACAGGAAACUGAUAUCCAUCCAAUGAAUGUGUUCUUUAGAGACUAUUUUGGUCCUUUUCUCACACGCACCAAGACCAAGUUUUUCAUAGUGCUGACAUACAUUUUGUACAUGGCAAGCAGUAUAUAUGGGUGCUUCCAAGUGCAGGAAGGCUUGGACCUUCGAAAUCUGGCCAUUGAUAAUUCCUACAUUGCACCAUAUUUUGAUGUAGAGGAAUAUUAUUUUUCAGAUUAUGGUCCCAGGGUUAUGGUUGUUGUUACUGAAAAUAUUAACUACUGGGAUGAAGACGUAAGGAUAAAACUGGAAAAAUGUCUGAUGAAUUUUGAAGCAAGUAAGUAUGUAGAUGAAAGUCUUACAGAGUUUUGGUUACAAACAUAUGUGCAAUAUAUGAGAAAUAACAGUCAAGAUCCUAAUGACAAGAGUUCUUUUAUGGACAGUAUUUCUGAGUUUAUAAAUACUUUUCCAAAUUUUAUGUAUGAUAUUAAUAUUUCAUCAUCAAAUGAAAUCAUUUCUUCCCGGGGUUUCAUUCAGACCAAGGAUGUUGUUUACCCAGUCAGCAAGAAGUUAAUGUUACAGCAGUUACGAGAUAUAGCCAAACAAUGUGAGCUGCCCUUGCUUGUGUAUAACCAUGCCUUUAUAUAUUUUGACCAAUAUGGAGGAGUGCUGGAAAACACUUUGCGUAAUGUCAUAGUUGCAUCGGCAGCUAUGUUCCUUGUCUCCUUGGUGCUUAUCCCUAACCCAAUGAGUGCCUUGUGGGUGACAUUUGCAAUUGGUUCUGUAAUUGUGGGAGUGACAGGUUUCAUGGCGUUCUGGAAGGUCAGUCUCAAUGCCAUAUCCAUGAUUAACCUUGUAAUUUGUAUAGGGUUUUCUUUUGAUUUUUCUGCACACAUUUCCUAUGCUUUUGUUUCCAGUUCUGAGACCUCGGCAAAUGGAAAGGCAAUGGAGGCCUUGCAUCUGUUGGGCUAUCCGGUGUUACAGAGUGCAACCUCAACAAUAAUAGGGGUGUGCAUUUUAGCUGCUGCUGAAGCACACAUAUUCAGGACAUUUUUUAAGGUUAUGUUUCUUGUAAUGGUAUUUGGGGCUGCCCAUGGCCUCAUUUUUAUUCCAGUAUUCUUAACCUUUAUCUGAAGGUCUGUUUGGGAAGCCACUAAAAAAAAGCCAGUUGUAGAAUUCUGACUGACUCAAUCCAACUUGAUUUUUU